AUGGGUCUCCAGUUACGGCCUGCCAUGGCGCCCGCGACUGAUGUGACUGCGAGUGCCCAAGAUGUGGGUGAAAAUCGCUGGGAAGAGUUGGCACAGAAACUCUGGCUGCAGAAAGUGCCUACCAAAGCAAAACCAGAACUGAUCACGACCGCGAUUUGGGAACCCUUGCAACAAGAGGCAUUCUCCUUGCGCUCACUCGCUCUUCUGGAAAGCCUCCAGAUCCUCGAAAGAUUCCUGUGGCCGACCUUCUCGACGGAUGCUUCGAACCACCACGUCAUUCUCAUCGCCUUCUUCUUCAACGUCAAACAACGAGCAAAUUUGCAAGACUGGGCUCUUUUCGCAGAGCGACCUCAAGAUUUCUCGGCGUUGUUCCGUCGAAUCCUUUCCCUCAAUCUCGAUUCCUCUCUAGACGUCUCUUCUCGUUUGUCCGUCCUCAAUUUUGUCAUCGGUGCAUUUCAGUCGCUCGAAACCGACCAGGUUCGCAAGGAAUGCGCCCCACUCGUUUCGGUUUCGAUAUGGCAUAACCUACACAACGAUUCCGCAAGGAACAAGCUAUUGGAUUCCAGUUCAAGCAGGAAAAAGGCCUGGAAGGCCGCUCAAAGACGUUACGAAGGCGCAGACCAAGAAGCCCAGGCUCGGCUGCGGUUCGAUCGAGCAUGGCUAUAUUCCAUGCUGGUCGCGUUCUUUGGUCGGCUGAACAACCCAAAGAUGGCAACUUCUCAAGAAAUUAUCUAUUGCGAACGGUUUCUAGAGUUUCUGGUCGACCUCGUCAGUCAGCUACCUACCAGACGCUAUACGAACCCGCUUCUACGAGAUCUCAAUACCUUGGCAGUCAUCAGAACAUCGAAACUGAUUGCGAGGGACGACGCUGCCCUACUCCGAGAUCUUGUAAGUCUCUUCGAUCAUUUCCAGAGCUUUGCAGUCGACGAUAUGGGUAACUCCGAAUCCGAAAACGAUGGGACUCGAAAGACGCACUAUGAAGCAUUAGCGCGCUUGCAACGUGUUGCUUUACAGCAUUUCGAGAAUAAAUUAAAAGUCCUCGCUCUCUCAAAUUAUGGAUCUAUCGACAAUCGCAGCGACUUAGAAUCACAUUUUGUCGCCCUCUCGGACGCAGAGAUGGAAAGCCUCUGUCAGCACCUUGGUUUUCGAACAGCUUAUCCUACGGCUGCCGCGAUUUCGGCCAACCGAGCUGUCCUCCUUGAGACUCUCUUGUCAUCGUUUUCAAAACCUCGAGAUUUUCAGGAAGUUGUGACUAAAUUCUCAAUUCUACCAACUGAAAGCUCAUUGUAUGACGCUAGAUUACUCAGGAACGAACAAUACGAUGGCUCUCGACCAUUGGGUUUCCCAAAAUUGAAUCUGCAGUAUCUAACACUAAGCGACUUUAUGUGGAGAUCUUUCCAGCUAUAUCAAACCGAAGCAUUUUACGGCAUCCGAAAAGACAUGGAAAGCGUCAUCAAGCGUAUGAAGCCAAAAACAAGCAGAGAUCGAGCCAGCACGAUGUUUGAAGGUUUCUCAAGGAUGGCUCUGCCCAUCAACAGCCCUGCCAUAAUCGAGGUCGGUGCACCCAAAGUCGGUGAAUUAAAACCUAGCUUCGUUCGAGCGGAGGCAAUUCUAGAUGUCAGUCGGUUGACGGACCAGAUGAGAAGAGAAUGGGACAGCUUGAGGCCUCAUGACGUGGUGUUUCUGCUCGCAGUCAAACCUACUGAUGAUACUCGUGCCCUUACGAAUGGCCAUUCUGGUGAUUCAGAAGGAGAGCAAAGACCAUUCGUGGCCUUGAGGUCCGCCGAAGUUGUACAAGUUUUGGAUGAUAACGGAAGACCCUUAAGAGAGCAAAAGUCGAAUGGAGAUGCUCCGAGAGCGCGAAGGAGAAGGUUGCUCUUGGACUUGGAUGCUUCGGCUUAUUUCAAAGACAAGGGUCGGCUUGCACGGGGAGGUAAAGACAUCACCGCCUCUUUGAACGUUCUUGUUCGAAGGCAAGGCCGCGAGAACAACUUUAAACCCGUGUUGGAAACUAUACAAAAGCUCGUUUCUGCUCAAACUUCACUGCCAUCAUGGCUUCAAGAAGUUUACCUUGGCUACGGUGAUCCGAAAGAGGCUUCCCUCCAAGCCCUACCCAACAGGGUUGACUCGAUCGACUAUCUGGAUACCUUCUUGGACUGGGAACACCUUACGGAGGGCUUCCAAGGAAAAGUUAUUGAAGCCGCCCCUGGAUACGAAGCGCCUUUCAACGGCCCGUACGUUCUUAAGUCGUCACCACAAGAGUUUAAUGUCCCUCCUACAAAUCCAAAGAAACGGCGCAGAGAGCAAAUGGAACAAGACUCGUCGACAAUCGUAGUGUCUUCAUACAAACCACCAAAUACUGGACCAUAUCCGAUGGAUAUUGCCAAAAAGAAUGCCGUUCGCUUCACCCCAAAACAAGUUGAAGCGAUUGCAUCGGGGGUACAACCUGGCCUUACGGUCAUAGUUGGGCCACCAGGGACUGGCAAGACAGAUGUGGCUACCCAGACUAUUAAUCUUUUGUACCACAACUUCCCAUCAGAACGCAUCCUCCUUGUCGCGCACAGCAAUCAGGCGCUCAACCAGCUUUUCCAGAAGAUUAUUGCCCUUGACAUUGACCCUCGGCAUUUGCUACGCCUGGGUCAUGGCGAGGAAGAGCUAGAGGCCGAAGCCUCCUACAGCAAAUAUGGGCGCGUCGAGUCCUUCCUAGAGAACCGUCAGUCCUAUCUGGCCGAAAUCAACCGACUGGCAGCUUCAAUUGGUGCUGAAGGAGCUCAUGGCAGUUCAUGUGAGACUGCUGAGUAUUUUAAUCAGGUCUUUAUCAAGCCUGCGUGGGCGCGGUUCUGGGAUGCUGCUGACGCAACAGAUGCAGCUGUGGCAGAUGUUCUGGCGGCGUUCCCUUUCUACAACUACUUCAAAAACGCUCCAGUUCCAGCAUUGUUCCCACCUGAUUGCUCCUUUGAAGAGGCUCGUGAUAUUGCCUCUGGUUGUCAACACCACAUUAACAAGAUUUUUUCAGAGCUCGAGUCGAUCAGGCCUUUCGAAAUUCUGCGCAAUAGUCGUGACCAGGCCAAUCACCUUCUGGUGAAGGAAGCUCGAAUUAUCGCAAUGACCUCGACUCAUGCCGCCAUACGCAGGUCAGAAAUCGCAGAGCUUGGUUUCCAUUAUGAUACAUUGAUCAUGGAAGAAGCAGCUCAAAUCACGGAAAUUGAAUCAUUCAUCCCUUGUGCAAUGCAAGACCCCGACUUGAAGACCGGAGAGCUGCCUCUGAAACGAAUAAUGCUCGUUGGAGAUCAUCUCCAGAAUUCUCCCGUCAUUCAAAAUCAAGCCCUACGCCAGUAUGCGAAAUUUGAACAGUCUCUCUUCCUCCGCUUCGUGCGCUUGGGAGUGCCUACAAUACAUCUUGACAAACAAGGUCGUUGUCGGCCCUCUAUUGCAGAAUUAUUCAGAUGGCGCUAUGAUGACCUUGGCAACUUGCCGCAUUUGCUAAACCACCCUGAUUUUGCUCGAGCCAACGCAGGUUUCCGGUACGACUUUCAGUUCAUUGACGUUCCAGACUACCAAGGACAGGGAGAGCGCGAGCCGACACCUCAUUUCAUCCAGAAUCUCGGAGAAGCCGAAUACACAGUUGCUUUGUAUCAAUACAUGCGGCUACUUGGCUACCCAGCACGCAGCAUCACAGUUUUGACCACUUACGCAGGCCAACGAGCUUUGAUUCGCGAUGUCCUCGAACACAGAUGUAAGAACAACAAGCUUUUUGGACUGCCUCGAAUCGUUACCACUGUGGACAAAUACCAAGGUGAACAAAAUGACUAUGUGAUUGUGUCAAUGACCCGAACACGGUCUGUCGGUUAUCUACGGGACAUUCGCCGACUUACUGUUGCACUAUCACGCGCGAGAUUGGGACUGUACAUACUUGGCAGACGGGAACUGUUCGAAACAUGCUAUGAGAUGAAGCCAGCAAUGGAAUUGUUGAUGCAGCGACCGGAUAAACUUGUCCUGACCACCGGCGAGAUGUUUCCGACUAAGCGGCAAAUGGAAGACGAUGUCCAGGGCACGGAGAUGGAAGGCGUGGAACAUUUGGGACAAUAUGUCUAUGAAAUGACGCAGGCUAAGAUGAAGGCUCUGGGGGGCAAGGUCACAACAGACCGCACUGAAGAAGUUGAAGCUGGAGUCGGAGAAGAAGGCGAGGAAGAAGUGAGCGUUGCUGCUGAAGAGGAUCCUUUGCUUGAAGCUGCGUAGAUUAGGUUUAAUGAUACCCUUAGUUGAAAUGGGUUUCUCUUUGGCUGGCUGUCUUUGUGUUUAUACAGUAUUUCUACCUGAAACAAUGAU